CAAAGAUAAAUUGGGAGAUAAAUUUAUAGCUUAUUAAAUUUUACAUUUUGAUGUAUAAACUUUUAUCAUGUUAUUCAAACAUUUUAUAACCGUUUAUGUUUUAUACAACAUAUUAACUGUUCAAAUAAGAAGCCAGAUUUUAACUAUUAACGGUGGUAUUCAUUAUGAACAAGAGGGUAACGGACCAAAUGUAUUACUGCUGUUAUAUCAAUCUAUUGAUGUAUUUCUAAAUAUCGAUGAUGAUAUUAAGAGCGAAUUCUUAGAAAAAUAUACAAUAAUUCAAGUGGAAAUACCAAUUUUAAAGUGUAACAAUGAAAUUAUUGGCCAACACACAAUUUAUGACCAUGAAUCUAAAUUCCUAGUUUUUUUUAUGGCGGCAUUAGGUUAUGAAGAAUAUUCAGUAUUGGGUUCGGGUCACGGAUGUCCUUUAGCACUAUACAUGGUUGCUAGAACUAUUUUAAGGAUUAAAAAGCUUGUUUUAUGGAACUUAAAUAGUGAAGUUCUACAAAUAAGAGAUGAGAUAUUAAACAAUUCUAAUGUACCUAUUAUUUUAAUUUAUUUUCAAUCCAAAGAAAAUGCAAAUAUUUCAAAUAAUUUGAUACAUAAACUAAAUUACGGAUGUAUUCAACGUAUAGAAAAUCAUGAAAUCUUAGGUGAAAAAAAUACUAUGAUCCAAGUUGUUCAACAUUUCUUAAAUGAAUGUAUUGACAUUGAUCAACCAUCACAAGAAGAAAGAACUAUACUUAGUGAUGCUUUAAACGUUUUGGCAAAUAUGGUUGAAUUUUAAAAAUACAAAUUUAUUAAUAUUAAUCAUUCUGAGGUACAAUCUAUUACUAUUUUUCUUGUCAAAAAUUCUUUAAAAUAAAUUGCAUACGAAAUCUUUAUAAAUUUGUGUGUUUUAUCUCUUAACAUGAAAUAUUAAAUGUAAGUUUUGAACAUAGAUAAUUACAAAAUAAU